AUGCAAACUAUAAUUAUAAAGCUGGAGAUGAACCCUUUGUUCCCGCUUCGAAGGGAAGAAGCCAACGCAGACGAUCGAGCGAUCCGAUCGCCCUCGCGAUUCGGUGUCUCCCUUCUUCGUCUCUCUGUUUGUGUGUUUGCGUCGAUGGCUCCCAUGGGAUCGAAGUGGGCUCUGAUUCGGCCCUUCUUCCUCAUCCUCCUCCUCCACUCCCUGGCCAUCUAUCUCUUCACCCGCGGCUUCCUUCUCACCCGCACCGAGCUCUCCGCCUACAGCCGCUGCUCCGACCUCUCCCACUCCCCUUGCUCUCCCGUUCACAACUCCUCCUCCCACGACGACGGCCGCUGCUGGACGAAGCCCGCCGUCGAUCGCCUCGUCAUCAUCAUCCUCGACGCCCUCAGGUUUGAUUUUCUUGCACCUAGUUCAUUCUUCGCAGAUGCAAAGCCGUGGAUGGACAAGUUACGGGUGCUGCAGAAGCUCGCCUCUGGAGAAGGAUCAUCUGCUAGGAUUUUUAAGGCCAUCGCAGACCCGCCAACAACUAGCCUGCAGCGGCUGAAGGGUCUAACAACUGGUGGACUUCCUACAUUUAUUGAUGUUGGUAAUAGUUUUGGAGCUCCAGCAAUUGUUGAAGAUAAUUUGAUAUAUCAGUUGAAUAAAAAUGGAAAGAGAGUGCUGAUGAUGGGAGAUGAUACGUGGUUGCAAUUAUUUCCUGAUCAUUUUAACAAGUCAUAUCCUUACCCUUCUUUUGAUGUUAAAGAUCUUGAUACAGUAGAUAAUGGUGUCAUGGAACAUUUGCUGCCAUCACUGUAUAAAGAUGACUGGGAUGUUCUUAUUGCACAUUUUCUUGGAGUGGAUCAUGCAGGGCAUAUAUUUGGUGUUGAUUCUACUCCAAUGAUACAAAAGUUGGAGCAAUAUAAUAGUAUCUUGGAGAAAGUUGUUGAUGUGCUUAAGAGCCAGUCUGGACCUAGUCGUCCUCAUGAGAACAGUUUUCUUCUUGUGAUGGGGGAUCAUGGCCAAACCUUAAAUGGCGAUCAUGGUGGAGGCACUCCGGAGGAGGUUGAAACAUCGCUAUUUGCAAUGAGUUUUAGAAGCCCUCCAGCUUCCAGCUUGUCCAUUCUUGAUAUGAAUUCUUGCAAACUUGAUUUGGAUGGAGAAAAGAUAUGCAUUAGCACCAUCCAACAGCUUGAUUUUGCAGCAACUGUGGCAGCACUUCUUGGUAUUCCUAUUCCUUUUGGAAGCAUCGGGCGUGUAAAUCCUGAAUUAUAUGCUUUAAGUGCUCCGACAUGGGAUGGGCAAAAGAUGGGUACUAAUAAUUGCAAAUCUCGGUCAAAUUUGGAAGCUUGGAUGCAAAAUUAUGCCAACACUCUCUGCUUAAAUUGCUGGCAGGUAAAAAGAUUCAUUGAUCUCUAUUCUGCAACAUCAGUUAUUGGAUUACCUUCAGAAGACUUGCACCAUGUAGCAGAAUUAUACGCACAAGCACAGACAAGCUGGUCAAAUACCAAAACGUCUGCUUGCUUAUCUGAAAAUGGCAUCUCUAAUGAAGCUCAAGAUAGUUCAGCAUCAAUUCUUCAGUUGCAAAUCAAUGCAUACUCUAAUUUCUUAGAGAGUGUUGCCAAGCUUGCUCGCUCAGCAUGGACUGAGUUUGACUUAAUAUUGAUGGCCACGGGAAUUGGCUUUAUGCUAGUGUCCCUUUCCAUACAUCUUUUUGCUAUUGGAAGGGCAAAUAUUGCAUGUCGGUCAUAUUAUGCUGUAUCAGGCAUUUCUGCCUUUCCUUUUAGUCUCUUUACUGCUUUUCUUUUGGUCAUAAUACGUGCAGCCAGUUUCCUAUCGAACAGUUACAUAUUAAUGGAAGGAAGAGUGGCAAACUUUCUUCUGGCUACAACUGGUAUUCUCAACUUACGAUGUUCAGUCAGGAAUGGGAAGUUUUCAAAAGAUGAGUUUUUCUUUCUCCUUAUAAAUAUCAUUAUUAGAUAUGGCAUUGAAUUUGGGAUGUCAAAGCAGACUGUUGGUUCAACAUCUUUGAAUACUCAAUCUUUGAAUAUACUUGGUAUCUAUGAGGGUCACCCUCUUUGGAUGAUGCUGUUGGAGAUGUUACCAGUGAUUAUGUUAUCCUUACUGGCAAUCUUGCUAUACAAGUGCACUUUAGGGAUAUCUUGUUGGCGAUACUUGAAAUAUCUUCUUAUAACGGGUACCAUUGUUAGCUAUAUGCUCAUCUCAGUCCAUUGGGUGUUGGAAAGCAAAUUAAUUGCUUUGUCCAUGGUGAUUCAAGAUAUUGGGAGGAACUUGGCACCCCGAAUAGUUUAUGCUGUUGGAUUAGGGCUACUAAUAUCAUCAGUGCUUUCUCGGAUUUUAGGCCAGAAAGAUAGGAAUUUAAAUUCGAUUGCAAGUUUGACUAUUUCAACUAUUUCUAUGCUUUCUUCAUGGAGCCCAGCCAUCUUGAUUCUUUUGGGAAGGCAAGGUCCGUUCGUUGGUUUGAUUUGCAUAAUUGGAGCAUGGUGUAUUAUAAGGUCCAAGAAUGAAGAACAAAUAAACUCCAAAAGUGGGACUUCGGGAGGGUUUGUCAUUAGUCCUAUUCAUGUAACACAAUGGAACCUCCUAGCAGUUUGUCUAUUUUUUUAUAGUGGUCAUUGGUGUACUUUUGAUGGUCUUCGGUAUGGCGCAGCAUUUAUUGGGUUUGAUCAUUUCAAUAUCAUUCGCCAAGGUAUUCUACUAGCAAUUGAUACGUUCGGUGUUUCUCACAUUGUUCCCAUUCUUAGCCUUCCAUUUCUUGUCACGCUCCAUUCCCAGAACUCUGAGGAAAACAAGGCAAAGGGUAUCGUUUUUGUUAAAUUAACUCAGGUAUUCUUGAUUUAUGGGCUGAUAACAUCAGUGACAACUAUGUUUGCGAUUAUAUGUGUUACAAUUCACAGACGGCAUUUGAUGGUAUGGGGAUUAUUUGCACCAAAAUAUGUUUUUGAUGCGUUGAGCCUUCUUCUAACAGAUGUCUUAAUUUGCUUGGCAUCUCUCUACUAUUACUGACAGAGCAGUAACCUGUGUCAAGAAAGCUGCCAGAAUUCCCUGUUGAUAAUCUUUUCAGAAAAUCUUGGCUGGUGAUUGUUUUAACCAGUUCUUUUCAGGAGCUGAUUCAUUCAAAUUCUGGUAAUAGUCGUUGUUGCUGAUGGCCUAAUGUGUUUACUGAAAUUUAAGGUGAUCAUGCUUGAUCAGAAAAAUCAAAUACAGCUGACAUCCAUAGACUUGGAACGAGUGCAGGCAUCUUUUAUGAUGAGUUUCUAAUUGGAUCAUUAUUUUCUAAAAAUACAAACUGCAUGUUCACUAUGAAGGCUCCAGAAAGUUGAAUUACUCUUUCGAGUUUAUUCCAAGCUUUGCUGUACCAUCUUACAUAUUGUUGAUUUUGUUCGUGAUUAUUUGUCAUCAAAUCAUCAUAUGAAGCAUUAGAUGGUAGGGUGAAUUGCUCCCUUUGCAAACAGUGGAUGCGAGCUCAAGUGUUGUCAUUGGCACCGAGGCUUUCCUAAAUUUUCAAUCAACAUUAAGGAAACAAUUUUAUGGAGUUCUUUUACUGCAGUCGAUGGUAAGCUUGUUGUUGCCAUUAAAAUCCUCUUUCUUAUCACUCGCAUUUGUCAUUUAUGUUCAACCCUGUAACAAAGGGUAGACAUAAUUAUCUGAAUCCGGACAGGAGCUCCAUCAGGAUCCCUCACUUUCUUCUUGGCCCCUUUUUGACUUUUAUGUAUUGCUCCGCAUAUACAAGUUUCAUGCUA